AUGGACUUCCGACGGCGGUGGAUGCUAUUUUUAGUUACAAGUAUACCUCGUCAUUUACAGCUUGUCAGAUCCAUUGAUCCUUAUAUGCCGUCGGUUGAACCUGAUCUACCAUCCGUUGAACAACAUGCACCGUCCGUUGGAUUUGAUCAUGACGAUGAAGAGAACGAUGAAGAGGACGAUGAUGAUGACGAUGACGAUGACGAUAACGAUAACGAUGAAGAUGACGAUGAAGAGGACGAUGACGACGAUGAUCAGAAGAAGAAUGACAAUGGUGAGGAAGAUGGUGGUCGUGGUGGUUGUGGAAAGAUACUUAAUGUUUGCUAA